UGAAAAAAGUCAGCCAUUUAUUCUGAAAAAGUGGGGAAGGGAAAAAAGGUGAAUACAUGUCAAAUAUUUCAAGGCUGCAGUGUGAUGAUUCCGAUUUUAAUAAACGUGAAAACUUUUGCCACAAUUUAUAAGUUUUGACGGAGCGCCGGACACCGUGUCCUUGUGUUUAUUGUAUGACAGCGUUCGGAAGAGGUUUAUUUGCAAGGUUGUGCUAAUCAAAACAAAGGUGUUUGGACAUGGGUUAUUAUUGUACUGUACCACAAUGUACAUCGCUCGCCGGCAAAACGAAGAAUGUGAAAUUCCACCGUUUCCCCCGCGACGAGACAAUGGCAGACAAAUGGAAUAUAAUAUUGAAGCGUGGAAAGCCGUAUACCAAAUACUCGAAAGUAUGCAGUCUGCAUUUUACACAGGCCGAUUAUAACGUCACUGCAAUGGGUAAGAAUAAAGGGCAAUGGAAGACAUUAAGCAAAGACGCAGUACCAAGCCAGAACCUGCCCAAACUGAACCCAGACGGCACAGUCAUGGUUAUUAGGAAGAGUCGCACGGUCAAAUACAAGGAGGCAAAGAAAGAUGAUAGUGUGUGCGAAAAAGAAAGAUGGACGUCAAUGAUACACACGCAGACGCCGCUCGCUUUUUCCCAGGAAAAAGGCAACAUUGUCGACUCACAGAAUUCCAUUCUGGCCUACCGUCUACAAGGCCUCAACGCAAUAGUGGAAACCAUAGCCCAACCACCGUCCACUGUAGAAAAACCCAAAAAACAAGACGCAAUCAUGCAAACAGACCCCCUAACAGACGACGAAAAUCCCAUCAAUUUCGAUACAGACAAAUACGAGGUGUAUCCGAACGAAUACAUGAAAAACAACAAAGAUUACAUGCCGCAAACGAACGAGGAAUACAAUAAAGAGGCGGAAAAAUACGCUUUGGAACGGAAAAACUUCGAUAAAAUGGAAUACCAGAAGAAUAUGGAAUAUCAAAAGAACAUGGAAUACGAAAAAACGGAGAGGAUGGAAAUGCAAAAAAAAUUGGAAAUCCAGAAAAAUUUGGAAAUCCAGAAAAAUUUGGAAAUCCAGAAAAAUUUGGAAUACCAAAAGAAUUUGGAAUACCAGAAGCAGGAUAGAAUGGAAAUUCCGAACAAUUUGGAAUAUCAAAAGCCGGAAAAGAUGGAAUACAAAUGCGGAGAAUACCAAAAGACACAGAAUGUACAAUACGAAAAAGAUAGCUUUGAAAAAAACAAUUCGUAUGACAAAACGCUAGAACUAAAUAAGGAUGGAAUGCAAAAAAACAUGGGGAUGAAAGGGAUGGAAUACCAGAAAGUCGAAUAUGACUAUUACUAUCAGGAUAGCGUAGAAAUGUUAAGGAACCAACAACAGAAUCUGCAAUUGCUGCAAGAUCAACACAGGACCAAUGAGAAUCAGAAUUUCUUCGACGAGAAUCAUAUAAAGAGAGAGAUUGAUUUUCCCAAUGAGGACGAGAAAUUUGUGUUUGAACGGAGUAAGGAGACGGGUGGUCAAACGCUAUACGACGAACAGAGGAGGCUCAUAGAGCAACAGAGACUCGUCGAAGAUAUGUCGCAAACGGUAAAACAAGAGCCGGACGUUGUUAAUAAUAAUGGUCACGAAAUAAUGCAUUCGCAGAACAGUCCAUACUUCACGGGCGAACAAAAUAAUGUCAAUGAUGGCGCAUACGGCAGACCCGGUCCCGAGCUGCUGAUAGCCAAACAAAACGCGCUAGCCGCGCACACACAGCUGUGGCAGAACACAAUGAAGAGGCCAUUUUUCUACAGUGACACCAACCACUACCCGGCGCCGCAUGCGUUACAUAGAUAUGAGGAUAUAACAAGAAUCCUCCAAUGAGAGUCAUUCCGUUUUGAAUAUAUUAGAUUUAACAUACAUUUUAUUAGGGCGGUUGAAUAAUUUCUUUUGCCGAUUUAAAUCAUGAUUUUUUUCUCUUUAUAGAUACGAAUUUUGAUUAUGAAAAACAGAUAUAUUUAAUUGUUUACUUUUGAAAUUAAACGGUUUUCAAAGGUGGUUGUUUUAAAGAAAUCGCGCUUUAAAAUACGUCAAUUUAAAUACAUGUAUUUUGAUUUUUUUACAAUUGAACAAAAAUAUUGUUAUAUUUUUUUAAAGAAUUAACACGAAUAUCUUUAUUUAUUGUCUGCAAGAUAAAAAAUCGGGAAAAUUUAUCUUUAUUUUUAUGUCACAAUAAAUACACAACUGAGUUUUGCGUAAAAAAUUAAUAUUUUUUUGUAAUUUUAAACAAAAAAUCGGUAAAUACUUGUUUUCUACCGCCCUAAUAUCAAUUAACAAUAUAUUAUUAUCUCUCGCAAUGACAAAUCUCUAUGGUAGUUUUUAUUUCGUGUGAUAUAUUAUACUUUGGAUAGAUUGUAAAUAUAUUUGGGAUCAAUUUGUAUGUUCGGUCGCGGCCGGAAAUGAUGGACCGAUAGUGAUGCGAUUUCGAAAAAAAAAUCUAUUUUUCUUUAAAUUCCUAUUUUUUGUCGUCUAUCGAGGGCCUAAUAAUUUGAUUAUAUAAAUAAACUUAAAAUAUAUUUCGUAUCUUUCUGGCCGCGACCAUAACUUAAAAAUCAUGGAUAUAGUUUUUUUAUUUAUAUUAUUUUCUGUUUCGUUAAAUGACGUAUAUUAUGAAAUUAUCAAUAAUCACGCUAUCUCGCUCUAACAUAUGAACAUCACCGUUAGAGACAGGGACAACAUAAUUUUAGUCACUAGGUAAGUUAUUUUGGCAACUAUUAAAAUUAUGUAAGAAAAAUUUGGAGGUACAUUUAUUUGCGUAAAAUUAAGGGGUUUUUUAUUUAUGUAAAGGUGAACGUAUUUGAUGUCCCACUCUAACGAAUCGAAUUUUUAUGUGUAAGAGAGAGAUGGCAUGAUUUCUCACAUACCUAUCUAUACAGAUUUUUAAUGUGUGUAUAUUUUUUUAAUUUUAAUUUUUAUUGGCAUAAUAAUAAAUGGACGAACGGGAUUAACUAUAUUUUACAAGAGUAUUGUGUUUUCUAAUAAUAAUUGUUUCUAAGAGCUAGCGCACAAGAGCAACUUUAUCCGCAACUAUUUAGUCUCUCCCAUCAACUCUAUGGGGAGUUGCGUCGCUACGUGCGCGCACUUUCUUACUAGGCCAUAGAGUUGAUGGGAGAGACUAAAUAGUUGCGGAUACAAAAGUUGCUCUUGCGCGCUAGCUCUAAAAGUUCCGUUUAAAUCAUAAAGGCUGAUUUGCAAGUUGAAAAAUAAAGUUUUUAAUUUUUCUUUGUGUAAAAAACAGUUACAAUUCCAUAGUGUUCUUCUUAGUUUUUUAAUUAAAACUUCAAGAAUUAAAUAGAGUUAAUAAUACAUGUAAUUCUUUUAUCAUUAUGUCCAUUUAUUAUUAUGCCAAAAAAACAACGGGGCAAUAUUUUGGCGGCAAUUUGACAUUGACAGCUAUCAGUGUCAAAAAAGAAUGAAUAUUAUAUCGUGCACAGAUUAAAAAUUAUUCGUUUACACGCAUUGUAAUAAUAUAUAUUAUAUUUUUGUUUUUCUUUUUGUUUGUUAAUCUUGAAUUAUUUUGUCGUUUAAGUAUAGUUACCAUUAUCAAUAGAAUUAAGGUUUAUCUAACAUCAUUUUUGGCACAGCAUUAUUAAUGACACAUAAUUUUCAUCGGAAAAGAUGUUAUAAAGAUCUAUAAGAUGAGAUACUUUUGAAUUGAAACUUCUAUAGGCGCAUUGAGAGUAAAAUUUCAUGAUCGUGUCAUGGCAUUACCGUCACGUCAUGGAGUAGAGCGACGCUUUUGGUAUCUUUAAAUCUUGCCAAAGAAGUUUUACUUCUGACACGUGUGCUCGGCACACACACUCUUUUUUUAAAGGUUCUUUUUCGUAUCUUUGAUAUUGUGCACAUCGAAUAGUGCUGUGCCGAUAGUGAUGCGACUUGUAAAUCGGAAGGUUUAGUGCGGAGCUAGUGGUGGUGAUAUUUUAUCGAAUUUACGUGAAAAUCGUAAUAAUAUAAUGUAAAAAAUAAUAUUUAGAUUUAAGUAAUUUUUACGUUGUCACAAGUGAAGUCAAAAUUUUGUAUGGAAAUCUUGCCAAAGUUUAGCUGCGUUAUAACAUUUUCGGAUUUUGUUUUUUGUUUUAUUUUAUGUAUAUGCAAUUUUAUAUGGCGCUAUCUAUUUUCAAUUAUUUAUAUUAUUUAUGACAUUAUUUAAAUGGAACAUUUUUUUUUACACAGGGUGUCC